AAGCAGCUUUUGACAAAGUCAUAACUACGACGCCGUACUGUAGCUUACACUCUCCAAACUACGCCGUUGGCCCUGCCCCUCCCCCCCUGCUAAUAAAUUACUCACUGAUCGCAACAACACAAUCAAAAUUUCAUCACAGAAAAGCAAAAAAUGUCGGGAAUGGAGUCGUUAUCAUAUUCCCUCCUUCCCUCCAAAUCCAACCAUCCCCUUUUCUUGGAAAACCCAAAUCUCAGCUUUUUACAUUUUCCUUUUUUUUUUAAUUUAAAAAAUAUAUAAUUUUAAAAAUAAUUCCUGCACUUUUGUAAAUCAAGCAUAAAAACAAAGAAAAACAAACAGACCAGUAGGAGUCUUGUUUUGUAGUCCCAGAGAAGCUUUGUUUGCUUGUACUUGCAUUUGUUGCUGUUCCUGAAAACCUCUGUAAUUGGGAAACCAACGAAGUCAAGCAUUUCCACUCCAUGUGUUUUUAGUACCAUUCCCACGUCUUGACUGUGACAUUUUUACUUAAUGUUUCCUUUCAUUUUUUUAGCAGAACAAAGAAAAAAAAUCUCAUUUUGUGGUUGAUUUGAUCUUUUUGGUUAGUUGGGGUGCAUUGAUGAUCUUGGCGUUGUGGGGUUCAAGAUUUUUAAGGUUCACUUCAUGGGAUUACUUGUUGAGGUUGUCUGGUUUUGAUUGUUUCUUGGUGGCCAGUAAGAACGUGAGCUACAGCGUAAAAGAUAGUAGGAUUUUGUAAAUAAAGAUUUUGAUUUGGUGAAGUAUUUGGAGAUAAAGGAGAAAAAAUAAAUAAAAAAGAGAAAUGGCAGAAGCUGCAAAAGUUCGGUUGGUUCGUUGCCCAAAGUGUGAAAAUCUCCUCCCAGAGCUCCCUGACUUCUCUCUCUACCAGUGCGGCGGCUGCGGUGCGGUUCUCAGAGCUAAAAAGAAGGGGACUCCGGAAGAUGGAUUGACAAAGAUAUCUGACGAUGUUGAGGGUGGAGGAGCUUCUGAGGAAGGUAGCAUAGUAAAAGUUUCCGAGGUUAACGUGGAAAGUGCUGAUGGGAGUGGAGGCACUGGAGGGGAGAGAGUCCAGAGGGAAGGAGUGGCUUCAAAUGGUAGUUCCAUAACCGGAGCUGAAAAUAGGGAGGUUAUGUCAGAUUCGGAUAUUGGUCGGAGAGGAAAAGAGAGGAUGAGAAGACGAGAAAGUUUAGAUGACGAGUACAUGUCAUAUUCUCAAGGUUUUGUUCGUAACAGAAAUUUAGGCAAAAAUGGUGACUUGAAUGUGGAUAGGCCAGAAUAUGUUAAUUUUCAUGGUGAACAUGUUAAAGAAAUUAGGCCUCCAAUGGAGUCAGUAAGGUCGAGGCCUGCUAUGGACCAGUGGGCUGUGAAAAAUAAUGGGCCGGUGGCGUCUUAUCGGCCUGCUGAAGGUGCUCCUGCACGGGUGAGGUUUGAUGAUUUUCUUUAUCAUGAUGAGGGGCAGUCGAGUUAUGAUGUUAACUCUUAUUAUCAACAAGGGGAGAGGACUAGAUACCGAGGUCACGAUUUGGACGAACAUGCUAGACUAGAAAAUUUAGAGAAUGGUCGCGCUGAGCUCCUAAGGAGACUUGAUGAAUUGAAAGAUCAACUUAGUCGGUCUUGUGAGGUUUCAGACAAAGCCAAGGAAAGGAUAGGCACCGACCGGAGAAUGGUCUCUCCAACUUCACCCAAUCCUUGUGGUAGACAAAAUGCUGCUUAUGUUCAAGAAGGCUUAACUAGUUCACAAUGUGUAAACCAACAAUCACUUGCUCGUGACGAUAUGGUGCCUCCAUAUCUUGGCUAUCCUCAGGGAUUUGUUCCUUACACAGAUAGGUUUGGUUCACGAGUGCCGGAUAUGUAUCCCCAAAGGGGAUACCCACAUGAGUUCCGGCAUUAUUCUGGUACCUACGAACCAGAAAUGCUUCGGAGGCCUUCUCAUCAGCCCCAAUCUAAAUACAUGCAACGACACUAUUACGAGCAUUUUCCUGGUUACUAUGGAGAUGCCAAUCAUGACCUCUUCAUGUUACACCGCCAUGAAAACUUUUUUCAUCAGCCUGCAUGUUCUUGUGUUCACUGCUGUGAUAAGAAUUGGCGAAUACCUCCUACGAUUGAACCCACAGGUAUGCAUAAUCAUAGGUCUCAAAUUGAACCUUCUAAUCUCAAUUCUCAUCAGCAUCCAAAUCCUAUUUUGCAUCGAGCGUUGGGUGAUAGUUCCAGAGGCUCAGUUUUACAUCCAUUGCGUUCUCGACAGUCCCUAACUCUGGAUUCGAAUGACCUUGAUUCUGAUAUUGAUGGUCUCAAGUACCACCGUCCCAGAAAGUUGAUGGUAGCUCAUAGGAAUGGAAGAGUGAGCCAUCCCAUCGCUGGUGGUGCUCCUUUUAUAACGUGCAGUAAUUGCUUUGAGUUACUGAAACUUCCAAGGAAACACAUUUCAUUUGCAAAAAAUGAACAGAAAUUGAAAUGUGGGGCCUGUUCUUCAAUUAUCUCAUUUGAACUUGGGAACAAGGGAUUUACGGCAUCGAUUUCUGCACAUGUUGACCAAGUAACAACUGAGAUUGACGAAGGUUCUAUUGGUACAGUUGAUGAAAAUGUGAGGUACUGGGGUGAUGAUUCUAACGGUGCCAACAUGGACAAUUGCAAUGAUUAUGAUGACUCCCAGCACAAGUUUUCUGCAGCAGGCAAUAAGUCAGAUUCUAGUGAGUCUGAGAAGCAAACGGAUCCUCUUUCUUCUACCUCAAGUCUCCCCCAGGAUGAGCGGCGCCUAGAAAAUAUUUUAUCUAGAAAACAUGGUUCCCAAUCUGAAGAGUUACCAAUGACAACCGUCAAGUCGUUAGCGGAUCCUGAUUUCUCCCCCCAAGAAUUCUCUGAUCAUUCUCUUGAUAAUAUUGCGGUCAGCAGAUUUGACAAAAGGAACAAAAGUAAAAGACCUGAUCAGGAGAGGGUUUCUCUUGGCAGGACUGCCUCUCAGCAAAAUUCUGUGAAAGAUGCAGCAGUGGCAACUGAGAUAGAUGUGCCCUUGAAUGAAUAUUCGAAUAGCUAUGCAUCUCAGGACUCUGCUGAAAUAAGUAAAGAAGAUCACCCGAAGGCUAACAAAGGCGGUGAGUCUUUCUUGGCAGGUCUUAUAAGAAAGGGCUUCAGAGACUUCACAAAGUCUAAUCAAGGUGUAGAAGCUGGUGGAUCAAAAGUUUCUGUAAAUGGGCAUUGCAUACCAGAUCGUUUAGUUAAGAAGGCUGAAAAGCUAGCUGGGCCAAUUCAACCCGGAGAAUACUGGUACGAUAAGCAAGCUGGGUUUUGGGGUGUGAUGGGCCAUCCUUGCCUUGGUAUUAUUAUGCCGAAUAUCGAAGAAUUCAAUUAUCCUUUGCCGGACAACUGCUCUGCUGGAAACACGGGGGUUUUUGUAAACGGGCGUGAACUUAACCAGAAAGACUUAGAUUUGCUUGCUAGCAGAGGUCUUCCAAUCACGAGAAACAGAUCUUAUCUGAUUGAGAUUACUGGGAAAGUCGUUGAUGAGCAAACUGGGGAAGAACUGGACGGUCUAGGCAAACUUGCACCGACGGUGGAGAGGGCUAAGCAUGGAUUCGGCAUGAAAGUUCCGAGAUUCAUUGCUCAGUCGCAGAGUUAGACGCAGAUUGCUUCAGACUUCUCAACCUUUUUCACACGAUGAAUUUUGGUUCGUCUCUUGCAUGCCAUCACAAACUCUUAUUUGUUCAUUCUUAUUCAGAAAUCGGAAGAAUUUAUCGUUCUUAAGUUAGUAAUGAUCAUUAUUUCUUUUGUGUAUAUCCAUUGUUGUUUCUGCUUUUGGUAGCAGCACCUCAGUCAGGAUUGUGACUACUGCUUUGCUAGUGUUUUGGUUCGAAUCAAUUUGUAAUGGUUUCUGUUGAGUCAUGAAAUAACUAUGAGUCGAACCGGUUCGAGGUCAUAUCGGUCCGAAUAUGACGGUACCUUAGUAAAUAAGACAUGUUUGGCUCGAUGGGAGCUUCUCAA